AUGUCAACGACCGAAGGCCCACUCUUCAGCUCCGAGCUCAUCUCGCCCGAAGUCCUCAAAGCACUCCCUGAAGGCUACAGCUGCCGACCGCUCGAGAGGAAAGACUACCACAAUGGCUUCCUAGAUGUACUUAGGGUGCUCACCACAGUGGGAGACAUAACCGAAGAGUACAAGCGCACCGCUAACACACCAACCUCCUCACAGCAAUGGAACAAACGCUACGACUGGAUGUCCGCCCGCAACGACGAAUACUUCCUCCUCUGCAUCACCGACUCGUCCAACGCCAUCGUCGGCACCGGCGCCCUCAUAGUCGAACGCAAGUUCAUCCACCAGCUCGGCCUCGUAGGACACAUUGAGGACAUUGCUGUAGCCAAGGACCAGCAGGGCAAGAAGCUGGGUCUGAGGAUCAUCCAGGCGCUGGACUUUGUCGCGGAGAAGGUGGGCUGCUACAAGACUAUCCUGGAUUGCUCAGAGGCGAAUGAGGGAUUCUAUGUUAAGUGUGGGUUUAAGAGGGCGGGGCUGGAGAUGGCGCAUUAUUAUGGGCGGUAG